CAGGUAGGUAGAAAUGUUGGUUAGGUAUAGGUAGCCAGGUAGGUAGAAAUGUUGGUGAGGUAUAGGUUGCCAUGUAGGUAGAAAUGUUGGUUAGGUAUAGGUAGCCAGGUAGGUAGUGAUGGUGUUAAGAUGGUUUCACCAAUGCCUAGGUACACUACUAAGUGUGCCUGAAUUCUGGUGAAAUUUGGAGCCCCAAAAAUGUUUUCUUACAUGACUUGUGCAUUAUGAGUUUUAGACACUUUAUAGACGCUUCUUGCUGGGUCCAACAAAAGGAGAGUGGUCUAUGCAAAGGGGUGUGGCUUAUGUUAAAUAGGGUGUGGCCUUAGUGCACCCCAAAUCGGACUGAAGUGGGCCAACUGAUAGCGACUAAACAGACCGGCCGGAUCUAUCAGCCUGAUGGACUUUGAUAAAUCUGGAGCAUUUUGCAUCAUCUAAGAAUCAGACAUAAAAUCUGUUCCUGAGUAUCAGACUCUAAGAUAGAUGGCGCCAGCACACUUUUUUUUUUUUUUUUUUUUUACUUUCUCUUACGCUUUUCCUCUUGCACAUCCUGUGUCGUCCUGUGUGACUUGGUCAUCCGUAGUUCUAAGUUCCUGGUGCUGACAGGGAUCCUGAUGCCGCUGUGAACAGGAGGCCAUCUCAGGUGAGGAGACUUCCUACAAAAAGAAUCAGCACUGAGCCUCCGAUUCUACAGCGAAGGGAGAAGCAAAUCAUCAGAUGGCAGAUGAUGAGACCCGGAUGUUUUACCAGCAGCUUUGUCAGUAUAAACAUCAUUCCCUGUGGACGAUACAUCAAUAUUUCCAAGAUGAUCUGCUCUACAUUUUGGAGACCCUGAGUCCUUACUCACUUCUGAGUGCGCUCCAUUCCCAAAAUAUCCCCAAAGUUGAGCAAUACCGAUGUCUAGAAGGUGACAGAAGACGAUUGGCGCAGACUAUCCUACAUGAUAUGCAAGGCCUCAGAAGAGAACAUGUGAUAGGACUGUGGGUUGGUCUCUAUGCCCUACAAAGGGAACGUCCACUUCCAAUAUUACAAGCCAUACUGGAUGAACUCCGUGAGGAAGGUGAAGACCUGGUGGACAAAAUUUCAUUAGAUAAAUAUGGACACCCGCUUCCCCCAAAUAUGGAAGAGGUCCAGAACUGUCAUAAGAAACAUUUGCAGAUGAAAACCGAGAUACUUGUAGAGAACAGACCUCCAGGAUGUAACCAAGGAAUGGAAAGUUUUCCAAUGAAUGCACGUUAUGUGAACCUCAUCAUUGUCUCCAUUGAUCACUUUAGGGUACGAUCUCAGAAUGAGCUCAUAGAGACCGGGCUAAGACAUGAGAGAUCUUUAAAGAAAGAACAAAAUACCCUACAACGCAUUUCCCCCAACAAAUUGUUUCGCUGGUGCCACCAAUCCAGACAUGUGCCACAGGUGAUCAUGGUGAGCGGAGUGCCGGGAGUAGGGAAGACCACGCUGAUGCAGAAGUUUGUCUACGACUGGGUGAGGGGGGUUCUCUACCAAAGAUUUUCUUUUGUCUUCUUCUUCAAAUUCCGGGAACUGAACAGACUGGAUGAGGUUAGUCUGGAGACCAUGAUCCUUCACCAAUAUCCAUAUCUGGAGGAACAGAUUGAUAACAUCUUACAAGAUACAGAGAAGCUUCUCUUUAUAUUUGAUGGAUUAGAUGAAAGUGUUCAUAACUUAGAUUUCACAUCCAGUCACCUGUGUUCUAAUCCUAAACAGCCUGAACUUUGUGGUCAGAUUGUGGCAAGUUUGGUGAGAAAGUCUCUUCUUAAUGGUUGUUCUGUUCUGAUGACCAGCCGCCCAACCAGACUGGCAUCCAUCGACUGUAAUGUUUUUCAACGAAUAGUCGAAGUCACUGGGUUUUUUCCUGAAGAGCGACAGACGUACUUUAAAAAUUUCUUCUCCGAUUUUGAACUGGCAGAAAAGGCUUUUACUUAUGUGAAGCAGAAUGACACAUUGUACACGUUCUGUUACCUCCCGUCCUACUGCUGGAUCAUCUGUACAGUAUUGUCCAGGAGCUUCCAGACAACAAGUAGUGAUCAUCCGGCAUCAUUAUUACCCAAAACAGUGACCCAGCUCUUUACGAUAUUUGUUGCCAACAUUUUGGCCAAUCACAGCCUGGACAAAAGUGACGUUCAGAAGAUCCUGCAGUCCAUCGGAUGGAUGGCACAAUAUGGAGUCAUGAAUCAUAGGAUCAUUUUUGAUGAACGAGAUCUGGGUUCUUUCCACGUGGACAAUAAGUCAAAGCUCUUAUCAAGUUUUCUUGUAGAAUCAGAGGAUCCUGUGACCUAUUCCUUCUUACAUCUCACGGUUCAGGAAUUCUUCUCGGCCUUGGUGCAUUAUGUAGACUAUUCUCCUGAGAAGUUACAGGGAUCCCUAAAUAAAGUCAAAUCCUAUCGUGAUGGACGGGGGGAAAUAUUCCUCCGUUUCCUGUGUGGUCUAUCAGACGGCUCCACCAAAUCCUUUCUGUCUGGAUACCUGGAUAGACAAGCAGCUCAGGCUUCCAGGGAUGUUAUCACUUGGCUGAAGAACUUCAUUCUAGAAGAACAGGAGAUGAUAGAGGAAAUUGAAAACAAGAAGCAAAGUCUUCUCAGGAUAUUCUUCUAUCUGUUUGAAACCCGAAAUGAUGCCCUGAUACUGGAAGUGUUAGGAUCCUACAGACGUUUAGACCUUUCUGGAGUUCACAUGUCACCUCUAGACUGCACAGUGUUAGCGUUUAUUAUGAAAAUCUGCACAAAUAUAGAAGAUCUGAAUCUAACUGGAUGUUCCUUAGACACUGAAGGAUUAGAAAGGCUUGCACCCACUUUACACAGGCUCCAUUGUCUGAGUUUAUCUCAUAAUGAUCUACAAGACACGGCCUGCACCCCAUUAGCAACUGUCAUAAGGAAUAACCAAUCCCUGAAGAAACUCAUCCUGUCUAAUAACAAUCUGUAUGGUCCUAACUUCAGUGACCUGGUGGGGGCGCUGUCCAGUCCAGCCUGCAGUAUAGUGGAAAUACAUGUGGACAAUAAUAAUCUACCAGACACGUCCUGCACCCAGUUGGCAUCUGUAAUAAGGGAUAACCAGUCCCUGAAAAUACUUGUCGUGUUCGGUAACCGUCUGUCUGGUCCUCACUUCAGUGACCUAAUGGACGGUCUGUCCAGUCCAGACUGCAUAUUAAAGGAAAUACGUUUGGCUGAUAAUCAUCUAUCAGACACGGCCUGCACCCUGUUGGCAUCUGCAAUAAGGAAUAACCGGUCCUUGACCAAACUGUGCCUAUCUGGUAACCGUCUGUCUGGUCCUCACUUCAAUGACAUGAUGGAGGCUCUGUACAGUCCAGCCUGCAGGAUAGUGGAAUUACACAUGCACAGCAAUGAAUUGUCUGAGGAGGAGAAGGAAGCCUUAAGAACGCUGGGAAGACACAAACCACAUAUGAACAUAACUACCUGAACAAUCCAGAUUCCUUCCUGAGAUGAGCAGAUACAGGGACUUUGAUGCUUUUUCAGGGACCAAUAUUAACAUAUUUUUCCCGUGCAUUAUGGGUAAUAUUGCUCAUGUACAAAGGAUGAGGAAACAUGAUAUUAGGAAUGUUCUUUCUUAGCCAAUGAUAUGUCCAGUAAGUCUCCAUAAUGGGCCAAAAAAAACAGAACAUUUUUGAUUAUUUUCUUCUCACCACAUACAGGACCAAUUGUACUUUGUAAUGGCGUCCUCUAGCUUACCAUAACAUGUGUAGUGAAGCCAAGAUAAUAUUUGUGGGGUAAACUUGGGCAUCACAAAUCCUGUUAUGUAGCGAAAGCUUUCACCAGACAGGAUUACAGUGAAAGGUGCCGCUAGUAUAUAGAUAUGAUGGAAUCGGGCCAUUCACAGUAGGUAAUGGUCACCUACCUUCUGCCCCCUUCCCUAAUGAGUGCCGUGUAAUAUAAGAAAGGUUAGGGAUGAAUUCUUAUAAAUAGGCAUAAAAGUUUCUCUAAAGAAUGCUCUACUGUCUCCGACCAUUAAACACAUAAAAAUUGGGGUGCGGCCAUGACACAUGACUGCUGUCAUGGCCUUGGAAUGGAUUGCCAUCUAGAUGGUAUAACUACAACGUUGGCUGAAUUAUUAGAAAUGUGCCAAAAACAGUGUUUUGAUUUUAAUGUAUAUGAAAUAACACUAAGUACACUUUGUUUUACAAGAUAAACUUUGUAAAACUAAUGUUGUGUAAAUGACCCAUUGGUCAAAUUUAAGGAUUUACUCUUUUAGACAGAGUGGACAAGUUCCUGGUGGUGUCCAGUCAUACAGGCAUUGGGUGCCCAAGCAGAGGUAUGUUCUUCCAUAGAUCGCUGCUUGUUAGUUAUGGAUCUUUUUUUAUUCACUUUCACUUUAGAUCUGUCCAUAGUUUCUCUAUUGGGUUUAUGUCUAGGCUGUUGCCUGGCCAAGGUCACGCAUCGCUACUUGUUAGUUCUGGAUCUUUUUUUCGUUUCACUUUCACUUUAGAUCUGCCCAUCAUUUCUCUAUUGGGUUUAUGUCUAGGCUGUUGCCUGGCCAAGGUCACACAUCGCUACUUGUUAGUUCCGGUUCUUUUUUUCGUUUCACUUUCACUUUAGACCUGCCCAUAAUUUCUCUAUUGGGUUUAUGACUGGGCUGUUGCCUGGCCAAAGUCACAUGCCAAUGCCAUGGUCCUCAAGAAAACUUGUCACUUUAUGGGGCAUUGUCAGGCAUGAAGAUGAAGUCUCUUGUCACUGUAAAUCCCUUUUCAGUGCACCACCCUACAGCUGAGGGAUCAGUCAUUGCUCUUUGUUGGACUUGUAUGGCUUCUGCAUAAUGUAGGCCCUUCCUGUCCUGAAGAUGACGCUCUACCCCAGUGGUCUCAAACUGUUUCUCUCAAGAUGUUGCAAAGCUUCAUCUCCCAACAUGCCCGGACAACCAACAGCUGCUCUAUACCAUGACCCAAGUAGGGCACUUGACUCGCUGGACCAUGCAGUCUUUUCCAUUUUGUCAUCUGACACAUUUGGGGGCAUUUAUCAUUGUCUUCAGAGCUGUUUUUUGUAUGUAGACUUGUCUCUAUUUGGGCGCACCACAGGCUAUUCUACACCAGCCCAGACUUAGCGUAGCUUUUUGGUGUAUGUGAAGAGUGACAUUUCAGAAAAUGGGUAUCCUCCACAAAAUGUAUCAAAUGCCAUGCGACCAUUUAAUAAAUUUGGCACGUCACGCAUGAAAAAAAAAAAA